CCUCGCCAGAAAGCCUAUCCAGUGGACCUAGGAAACCCUCGCCCAGAGGAACGGGAGGGGGCGGGGCCACAUCUUGCCCCGCCCCUGCUCCGUGGCUGUUUGUUUCCGCUGGCGCCUCCGCGGAACACCGAGAUAUGGGCCCUACCUGGGGGAGCCCUGGAUGGGUGCGGCUGGCGCUCUGCCUUGCCGGCUUAGUGCUCUCUCUCUACGCGCUGCACGUGAAGGUGGAGCGCGCCCGGGACCAGAAUUACCGCGCGCUCUGCGAUGUGGGUACCGCCAUCAGCUGUUCGCGCGUCUUCUCCUCCAGGUGGGGCCGGGGCUUCGGGCUGGUGGAACAAGUGCUGGGCCAGGACAGCGUCUUCAAUCAAUCCAACAGCAUAUUUGGCUGCAUCUUCUACACGCUACAGCUGUUGUUAGGUUGCCUCCGGGGCCGCUGGGUAUCUAUUCUGCUGCAGCUGAGUUCCCUGGUGUCUCUCGCUGGUUCUGUCUACCUGGCCUGGAUCCUGUUCUUCGUGCUCUAUGAUUUCUGUAUCGUUUGCAUCACUACCUACGCCAUCAAUGUGGGCCUGAUGGUGCUCAGCUUCCGAGAGGUCCAGGGACCCCAGGGCAAGGUCAAAGGGCACUGAGCCCUCACCUCAAGCCCGGGUGACCUCUUAUGCUCUGCUUUGGCAUGUCAGUCUUGCCUAAGGGGGACAUGUCUGGGUCUUUAGAAGAGUCUACACCCACCUCCACCAUACUCUCAACACAGGACAAUGGACCAAAUGUGCCACCCUCUUUCUUCCACCUAGUAUCUCUGGCUCUGUCCCCAAGGAUUGGUUUCCAAAGAUCCUGCCAUUGCCCAAAGAGGGAAGGUUCUGAGCAAUAAAAUUUCUUAAAUUGGUUAA